AUGGCCUCCACAACCGUCCUCGAGAAGGACCUCGAAAAGGUCGACAUGAUUGAGAUCACCAACAAGUAUGCGAAACUUGGCAUGUCCGACGACGACGCACUCUUCUACGAAGAGUUUGGAAACUCACCAGAUCACAAGAGGAUGCUACGAAAGAUCGACUUUCGACUAGUACCUUUCCUCUUCUGCCUCUACCUCGCAGCCCAUAUCGAUCGAGCAAACAUCGGUAACGCCAAGAUCGAGGGUAUGACCGAGGACUUGAACAUGACGGGAGUCCAAUACAAUAUUGCGCUGAGCAUUUUCUUUAUACCAUAUAUUUUACUUGAGGUUCCUUCUAACGUUAUCCUGAAGAAGUUCAAACGACCUUCCACAUAUCUGGCCAUUCUUGUUGUGUCAUGGGGCCUGAUCAUGACCUUCACUGGCCUCGUAAAGAAUUUCGCUGGUCUUAUGGUCUGUAGAGUCCUUCUGGGAGUUGCUGAAGCCGGCUUCUUCCCUGGCGCGGUUUACCUCAUCACACGUUGGUACGCCAAUAAAGAAUUGCAACUACGAAUUGCUUUCUUCUACUGUGCAAGCGCCUUGUCAGGCGCCGUCUCAGGCCUACUGGCGUUCGCUAUCGCGAAAAUGGAUGGCCUUGGCAACUUACCAGGAUGGGCAUGGAUCUUCGUCCUGGAAGGUGCGGUUACGGUCCUCAUUGGCUUCGUAACAUACUUUUACAUGCCCGACUCUCCAGAACUGUCCGGAAAAUGGCUCAGCCAAGAGGAGAUCAAAUAUCUCCUGCUUCAGCGAACUGUCAAAGAGGGUGGUAAGGUCAAUGCCCAUGGCGAAGUCGCUGAGAAGUUCAAGUGGGGUCUCCUCAGAGAGCUCGUCACCGACUACAAGAUCUACCUCCAGGCUUUCAUCCUAUUCACCGCCUCGGUUUGCGCUUACGGACUCAAGUUCACCAUGCCUUCCAUCACCAAAUCUAUGGGGUACACCUCGUCUCAAGCUCAGCUGCUGACGAUCCCACCAUAUGUUGCAGGUGCCGCAUCUGCUCUCAUAAUGAGUUACUUCUCCGAUAAAUCGGGCUGGAGAAUGCCUUUCGUUGUGGGUCCAAUGUCAAUCAUCCUUGUCGGCUUCUGUAUCCUUCUACCCCUGGCGCCACACAUCAAGGCUCAGAUCCCGGCCUGCUACAUUGGUGUCGUCCUCAUCUGUGUGGGACAAUAUCCGACCAACCCAGCAGGGUCCGCCUGGAUCAGCGGCCAGUUUGCAAAUGACCUCAAGCGCGGGAUGGGCCUCGCCUUAAACAUAGCUUUAGGCAAUUGCGGAGGUAUUCUUGGAUCGUACAUGUUCCUUGACUCAGAAAAGAACAAAGGAUACCCAUUGGGAUUCGGUAUUGGUCUUGGACUAGCAGCUAUGACAGUCUGCAGCACGCUGUUCCUUGAGUACUCAUACUGGAGAAUUAACAAGCAGCGAGACGCCGUUUCAGAAGAGUCGGUCCGAUCGCAAUAUACUGAUGAGCAACUUGCAGCCAUGGGUGACAGGUCACCACUCUUCAGACACAAGCUAUAG